ACCACUCCCAGGAUGCUUUGCGGCAAGCGAGGCCACUUCCUGUUCGUGGAGCAAGAUGGCGGCGCCGGGAAGGAGGCACGAGAGGAGCGGGAGGGCGGCCGCCCCCUUGGGCUUCGCGGUAUUACCAGUUAAGUUCUCUGAAAAGCACCAGUCACCUCACUAUCUCUAUGUGAAGGAACACAAAGUCAGGGAGGACAAAGAUCAUAACAGACCUCAAAACAACACCCUUUUUGUUCUGAAUGUCCCUCCAUAUUGUACAGAGGAAUGCUUGUCAAGGCUAUUCUCUGGCUUCGGCUCAGUACAGUCUGUUGAGCUGUGUGAAAAGCCAACGCUGGGAGAAAAAAAGAAACUACCCAAAACAAAGUUCUUUGGUGCAAAAAAAGCUUUGGGUUUCCAGGUUGCUUAUGUGGUCUUCAAGAGUCCUGCUGGAGUGCAGGCUGCCAAAUCCGUAUCAACAGAUGAGCCCCUAGUGCUAUCUUCUAAUAAGUAUCCUGUGCUAACAGGCAUUCAGAAGUGGAUUGCUGAUUAUGCAGCUUCAAUUGUGAAUCCUGUUGAAUUGAAAACAGAAGUGGAUACUUUCAUGCAAGCCUAUGACAAAAAAAUUGCAAAGGAGGAAGAGAAAGCUGAGAAGGAAGACGGUGUCCCAGAUGAGGAAGGGUGGGUGAAGGUGACACGGAAAGGCCGGAAGCCAGGACUUCCACGGACAGAGGCAGCCAACCUGCGAGCGUUGGAGAGGGAAAAACGCAAGAGAGCCCGCAAGGAGCUGCUCAACUUCUAUGCGUGGCAGCAUCACGAGACCAAGAGGGAACAUAUAGCCCAACUAAGGAAGAAAUUUGAAGAGGACAAGCAGAAAAUUGCACUAAUGCGCGCUCAGCGGAAGUUUCGGCCAUACUGAGUUGCAAAGCUGUUCCUAAAAGAAUGGUAGCCACAGGAAAAACUGCAGAGAGGGUUUUAUAUAGUACAGGAAGUCAGAUCUGAUAUCCCCUUUUUCUUCAAUAUUUCGUGAACUGUGACAGAGCACCGUGGCCUUCAAGAAAUGGCCUUCUUGUUUGAUAAAGGCAUGCAGUGCUGAUAGUUCUGAAAUUGAUAUUUGAGUGCAUUAAUUCUUAUUCAUCUAGUGCUUUCCUGCCCACAAAGCAUGAGCACUUCAAAUACAAAUUUCAGAUGCUGUAAACACAUACCUUUGAUUGUAAAUACAUUUUUAUAUGUUACAACAUAA